UCUUAGGUGUAAAUGACUCUCUUCUUUCAGACGAACACAAUCUGGAAGAGGAAGAGGUGGAGGCAGCAAGAGCUAUCCGCAUUAUACCACAUUUCUAUUGUGGCUUGUUUAGACCUUCUGUGUUAAUAUACUGUGAGCUGUUCAACUGACUAUUUUCCACAUGUUUCUUCUGCUCUGUUUGUUAUUGUGGCAUCUUGUUGGUGUGUUUUGUGAUGAAACAGCUGAAGUUUCAGUGAAGAAGGGAGAUUCUGUAACUCUACAUAGUGAUUUUACUGGAACACAGACAUAUAACAGGAUGGAGUGGAGGUUUGGAGACGAGCGUAUCGCUAGAAUCAAGAUAUCGAUUGGGAACAAACCUGAAUAUGAGGAUGAGAGAUUCAGAGACAGACUGAAGAUGGACAAUCAGACUGGAUCUCUGACCAUCAGCAACAUGACAAUCUCAGACUCUGGAUGUUAUCAACUAAUCAUUCAGAACAAGGAGACGUUCAAGAAGAAAUUCAAUGUCACUGUUAAUGAAGCGUCGAUACCCAGUGUGCACACAGUGUUGAUCUCUGCUGCUGCUGCUGGAUCUCUGUUGAUUGUGGUCGCAGGCGUGAUCUUCUGCAUCUGCAGGAAACACAGAAAAACGGAUCAUGAAGGCAACACAUCUGUCAUGUCCAGACCCGAAUCAGUCCAGACCCAUGAUGAAGAAAUAACUUAUGCUAAUCCAGCGUUCCACAAGCGAAAUGGACACAAAGUGGUAAGAUAUUACACUGUACAGCCUGAACAUAUAUUUAAUAAUUGAGGAUGAUGUUAGUAUUUUAUAACACAUGUUUUACCACAUUUUUUAUGUAUAGUUGCACCUUGAAGUACAUAAAAAGGUGGAGAGAGAAAUGAAAAGAAAAAUG